AGAAAAGGGGGCGGGGGACUGCAGAGGGAAUUUUCCACAUCAGCAGGAAGGCGUGGAGCAGUGCGGGCUGCAGAGGAAGGAACGGCAGGGAAGGCAGGGGCCACACAGAGCCGGCCCAAGUCGCCACGGCCCUGCCCAAGGGCACCCUCGCGCCACAUUCUGCAAACCCACUGCCUCCUGUGGCGGCUGUGGACACAGGGGAGGUUCAGGCAGGCCCAAAGGUCAAACGUCCAAAGAUCAGCGGCUACCCAGCCUGCACAGGGGGCAGUGAGCUGCCAGGGAGGCUGGGCUGCAGACCAUCAGACCCAAGGGCAUGGCCCCCAAAGGGGUCCCGCAGAAGGUGGGGGUGGUGGGCUACGGCCGCCUCGCCCGCUCCUGUCCCUCACCCUAGGACAGUCCCUGGUCUCCCACCUCCUGGCUCAGGGACCUGAACUGGGGCUUGAGCUUGUUUUUGUCUGGAACCGCGACCCGGCCCGCAUGGCAGGGCGUGUGCCCCCAGCCCUGCAGCUCCACAACCUCGCCGCCCUUGGGGAAAGGCACCCUGACCUUGUGGUAGAAGUGGCCCACCCCAAAAUAAUCCACGAAUCUGGGGCACACAUCCUGCGCUACGCCAACCUUCUGGUGGGGUCCCCAUCAGCCCUGGCUGACCAGACCACAGAGCAGCAGCUCCUGGACGCCUCCCACCGCUGGGGCCACGCCGUAUUUGUGGCCCGGGGAGCCCUGUGGGGCACUGAGGACAUCUCGAGAUUGGAUGCAGCCAGGGGUCUCCAGAGCCUGCGAGUCACCAUGGCCACACACCCGGACGGCUUCCGGCUAGAGGGACCCCUAGCUACGGCGCGCAGCACCGGCUCACGCACCGUGCUCUACGAGGGCCCUGUCCGCGGGCUCUGCCCCUUCGCUCCUCGAAACUCCAACACCAUGGCAGCCGCUGCCCUGGCGGCGCCCAGCCUAGGCUUUGACAACGUGAUCGGGGUGCUUGUGGCCGAUCUCAGCCUCGCGGACAUGCACGUGGUGGACGUGGAGCUGAGAGGUCCGCCGGGGCCCACGGGCCGGAACUUCGCUGUGCACACCCACCGGGAGAACCCCGCAGAGCCCGGCGCUGUCACCGGCUCCGCCACCGUCGCCGCCUUCUGGCGCAGCCUCCUGGGCUGCUGCGAGCUAGCCUCCAGGCCAGGGAUCCAUCUCUGCUGAGACGCCGCCUCCACCCGGGAGGACCUGCCGCCGCCGCCCACUCCCGGCCUGGCCGCACUUUCCAAGAGCUGUCUCCUGUCUCAGUAAAGCUCAUAGGCUCUUCCCCCACAC